AAUAUAUCAACUUUUAAGAUGAUGCAUUAAUAUUAUUGGAGAGUAGAGGAUCCAAUUCUUCAACCGUCAAUUUCAAAGGAUUGGAUAAAAAUAAAAUUAAAGAAAAAUAGUAGUACAAGUAUUUUAUACGUGAUUCGACUUAUCUAUCCAAGUUGAUGCUAAAUUAAACAGAACCUUCAGUUAGCAAAUGGAAACACAAUACAGCAUUUUCCAAAAAAAAGCAAUACUAAUUAUAUUUUUAAUUCUUUAUUUAUAAUGGAUUUUCUUUUCUUUUCUUUUCUACGUAUAAAAAAAAAUAAUAAAAAAAAGUUGUAACUGGUCUGUUGCAACAAGGUGGGUCCCACAAAAGAAAUGUCACUAUAGAUUGUUUACCACUAAAACAACUAACAUGUUAUAUAUUCCUACAAAUACCCCCUCUGUAAUUCAUUCCUCUCAAGCUAAGUUCAUUCCAAGGCCAAAGCCUCCUCUCUUCAUUUAAUUUGUUUCUCUAGAUCACUUUAUUUGAAUAAUUUUCAACCAAUAACAAGUUCAAACUUUGUGAUCUAGCUAAUUUAAUCAAGACCAGAUUAAUUAACAUCGAUUGAUGCUAGCUAUGUUUAGCACCGUGCAAUCUAAGAGAGCAUGCGAGUUUUGGAAAUCAGGCCUAGUCGCGGCCUCAAGAACAGCCUUGGCUUGCAUUAUAGUAGGGUGCUUAACCCUCUAUGGCCCUGCCUCUUUCAAGAGGGAAGUAACAUUCCCUGCAUUUUCAUAUGUCGCGAUGAUUCUUAUUAUAACCAAUGCUACCCUAGGAGACACAAUCCGAGGUCUCUGGCUUGCAUUUUAUGCUACUCUUCAAACUGUUUGCCCUGCUAUUUUGUGCCUCUGGCUCAUAGGAGGACCUUCUAGCCUUACCGAGGCAUCUACCUCUUUGGUCGUUGCUAUUGCUGCUUUCUUUAUCGCGUUGCCUCAAUCAACCCAUGUUGUAGCCAAGAGGAUUGCUUUGGGCCAACUUAUCAUCAUCUAUGUUGUUGGUUACAUCAAUGCUCAUCAAUUUGAUGCUGUCAUGCAUCCUGUCCAUGUUGCUGCUAGCACCGCCGUUGGUGCUGUCGCUUGUUUCUUAGCUCUAUUGCUUCCUUACCCUCACCUUGCUUCCUCCCAGGUGACCAAAAAUAGCAAAUUAUUUGUAGAGAACGCGACAGAUAGGCUAAAGCUGUUUGUCAAGGCAUUUUGUGCUCAAGAUGAUGUAACUUCUCAAGCAUUAAUCUCUCAAACAAGGUGUUUAGCUGGUAAAGCCAAGAAAUUUAUCCAGUGCAUUAAAUCCAAACAGGAAAGCAUGCAGUGGGAGAGAUUUCCCUUGAAAUUUAUCAGACCUUAUUGUACGAACCCAGGGGACCGGUUCCAGGAACUAGAGACGCCACUAAGAGGGAUGGAUAUCGCGCUAAGUAACACAAAAGUACCUAUUUCAAUUGUUGAUGAACAAUUGAAAGAUGGUAUGGACUUAAUAGAAGGUGAAAUAAGCCAAAAUUUACACCAACUUAAGAGCCAUACACCUAGUGAAACAAUAACUGUCCCAGAAUCCACUGAAGGACAAGUCAUGGGCUUCCUUCAAAAACUCGAAACACCGCCAUCAAACGAGAAAGACUUACCCUCUUAUUUCUUCUUCUUCUGUAUGAAACUCUUGCACUCUCAGUCAAGGGCCAUGACCAUUCCUCCAAACCAACAAAAAACUGACCAAAACACCCCUCAAAAAAAGAACCAACAACAACACCUAAACAAAAACAAUGAAAACCAAAAUGGGUUUUCUUUGAAAAGUAUUUGGGCCAACAACUGGCCCACUGCUAAAGAAAGGCUUACCAUAGCAAUAAAUUGCUCACUAUCGUUGGGCUUUUCCGUGUUAUUUGGGCUUUAUUACAGUAAGCCCAAUGGAUAUUGGUCUGGGCUUCCUGUAGCUGUGAGUUUUGCAGCAGCUAGAGAAGCCACAUUUAAAGUUGCCAAUGUUAAGUUCCAAGGGACAGUCAUUGGCAAUGUAUAUGGAGUAUUAGGUUGUUUUAUUUUCGAAAGAUUUGUACAAAUUAGGUUCAUUUCACUUCUUCCUUGGUUUAUUUUCACCAGCUUUCUUCAACAGAGCAAAAUGUAUGGGCAAGCAGGUGCUGUUUCUGCAGUUAUAGGUGCAAUUCUGAUUUUGGGCCGAAGAAAUUUCGGCCCACCAUCAGAUUUUGCUAUAGCUAGAAUAGUGGAAACCUUUAUUGGUUUGUCCUGUUCUAUUGUUAUUGAUUUGUUGUUACACCCUACUAGAGGAGCCACCCUAGCCAAAGUUCAACUUACCAAGACUCUAGGGACACUCGAGGAUUCGAUCUCUUCUAUUGAUCUCGUUACUUCUUCCAAGGUCGAGUUACUUGAGAAGGCGAAAAGCAUCAAAGCUCAAGUUAAUGAGCUAGAUAAAUAUGUUGGUGAGGCUGAGGCAGAGCCCAAUUUUUGGUAUUUGCCAUUCCAUACUUCUUGUUAUAGGAAAUUGAUGGGUCCUUUCGCGAAAAUGGGUGAUCUCUUGAUAUUCACAGCUCAUGCUAUUGGGUUCCUAGAAGAGCAUAUCCAAAGCAUUGAAUUGGAGAGGAUGAACGAUGAUCUAAGGCAUGUAGUAAAAAUGGUAGCUACUUCGAUGAAAUCCUUCCAAGAAGUUGCUUCUAUCAAGUCAUUGAUAGUUCUUGAAAAUGACCUUGCCAAAAGUGGUAAAAGAUGUGAUCUUGAGGUGGGAAAAUCGGCCAACUUUCCAUUAAUGAACUUGGGUGAGAAAGAUAUGGAGAAAUUCAUAAGCUCGUACCUUGAUCAUUCCAAGGAAGUAUUCGAGGAAAUCGAGUUCCCUGAGGGAGAUGAAGAGAUCAAGAGUCAAGCUAUCAUGAGUUUAAGUGCACUUGGAUUUUGCUUAAGCUGUUUGAUGAGGGAAACAAAAGAGGUUGAGAAAGGAAUUAAGGAACUUGUUCAGUGGGAAAAUCCUACUAGUCAAAUAAAUCUACAUGAGAUGUCAUGUAAAAUUCAUGCAUUAUACGAUUGAUAUGAAUUUACUAAAUUUAAAAAAACUUUAUCUUGUCUUUGCAAAAUAAUGAAGUUUUGUUAUAAAUGUAUGUAAAGUACAUUAAACUGUAUCUUCUAACAAUAGAGUAUAUUCUCUAUCAAUUUCCUUUAAUUUCAUAGAAAGUGGUAGCUAGAAAACCAUUGCAUUGUUGGAUCAUAACACCAUAUAUUUUGGUGUAAAAUCUUGACAAUGUUUUGCUAGCUCAAAUAAUAACAUACAGUUUUGAAUUUA